AUGGAGGGUAGUUACUCCAAACAGAAGUUUUUGUUAGUGUUUGUUUUGUUGAACAUGGCUGCCACAUUGGUAAAAGGUCAAGGCACCCGUGUUGGGUUCUAUUCAAGCUCAUGUCCUUUAGCUGAAUCCAUUAUUAGUUCUACAGUUGAAUCUCAUUUGCAAUCUGAUCCUUCAGUUGGUCCUGCCAUACUGAGGAUGCACUUCCAUGACUGCUUUGUCCAUGGCUGCGAUGCUUCUAUCCUCCUUGACGGCCCUGACUCUGAGAAACAAGCUCCUCCGAACCUUGGAGUGAGAGGAUAUGAAGUUAUUGAUGAUGCCAAGGCACAACUUGAAGCGACUUGUCCUGGAGUUGUCUCAUGUGCUGAUAUCCUUGCCCUUGCCGCCCGUGAUGCUGUUGUUCUGGCAAAAGGACCCAAGUGGGAUGUGCCUACGGGACGCAGAGAUGGAAGGGUUUCCUUGGCAUCAGAUGUUGACAACUUACCUGGCUUCUCUGAGUCAAUAGAAGAACAAAAGAGAAAGUUUGCUGCAUUUGGUCUAAACACUCAGGAUCUGGUCACCCUUGUUGGGGCACACACCAUAGGAACCACAGGGUGCCAAUUUUUCAGUUACAGAUUAUUCAACUUCACUGAUACCGGCAAUCGCGCUGACCCAUCAAUCAACCAUGCAUUUGUAUCUCAACUACAAAACCUCUGUCCACCAACUAGCGACGGCACGGGACGAGUUGCAUUAGACACGGAUAGUGUUGAUACAUUCGAUACAUCGUUCUUUGAAAAUUUGAGGAAUGGCCGAGGAAUACUAGAGUCUGAUCAAAUGUUGUGGGCCGAUGCUUCUACAAAAUCCAUUGUUCGAAGCUAUUUGGGUGUUAGAAACCUGCAAUCAUUGAAAUUCAACGUAGAAUUUGGCAGGUCAAUGGUAAAGAUGAGCAACAUUUACGUGAAAACAGGAACUAACGGUGAAAUACGCAAAAUUUGUUCUGCAAUAAACUCAAAUUAA